UCCACAAAUUCCAUGUGGGCAGUGUGAGUGGAUUGUGGUGCCCACACAAUUUUGUGUCAUCUAUUUAGUGAUCCAACUCAUUAAUGUGGGCCAAUUUUCUUUGUACAACUCAAGGGGGAAUUAAAAGAUGACUUGCUAGUCAUCUUUAGUUCACUUUCCACACUUAGAGAAAAGAAGCAAAAGCUGAAAACCCCAUUGGAGGCUCUCGGCCAGCCUUGGAGAAAAUCAACCCCCAUUUUUAGCUCUCUUAAAAUUAUUUCCUUGGUACAAACCCAUUAUUUUGAGGACCCUAAGUAGAGUGGAAGCAUCGUUGGAGCGAUCAACCUAUUAAUUUUUCAUCUUUUGGAAAACCCUAGCCUAUUGGAAGUUGAAGAGAAAAAGAUCGUGGGCAGCCCGAAUCAUAGUUUGGACUUAGCUCGAGUUGGAUCAUAUUGGAGAGUGUUCGAGGUACAGACGCACAGUUCGGUGAUCCCCCAGUGUAGGAUACCCCUUUUGCUGUUGGAGUGCUCCCCUCCCUUCAGAGCACAUCUUUUGUGAUGCCUCCGAAAAAGGCGACGACCGCCCAGACGAAAAAGGGCGUGGUAGGAGAGACUAGCCGAGCUCAGAGGGGUACUCGAACCCUCGCUCAGAUGAUGCGUGAUAUUGCAUCCCGGCCAGCAGACUCUGCUACGUCUUCAUCGUCAGAGGAGUCUGGAGCAGCUUCACCAUUAGCUCCAGAGGCUCCAGCUCCCGCGCCUCCAGCUCCUCAGCUAGGGGCGGAGGACAGGACACUGAGAGAGGCUGUGCAGUUAUUGACCACUCUGGUAGCGGGACAGGCUCGCAGACGCGGGCGGAGAGAUGAUGAUGAUGACGACAGGCGUGACAGCCUGAGGGUUCGAGAGUUUCUAUUAUGUGGCCCUCCAGAGUUUUACGGGUCUAAGCCCGACGAGGACCCCCAUGACUUUAUUCGGGGGAUGCGGCGCUCACUACAUUUGGUCAGGGCUUCAGAGACUGAGUCUGUUGAGUUGGCUUCGCAUAGACUACGGGAUGUUGCUACUCACUGGUAUGAGUCCUGGGAGCUAUCUAGGGGUGAGGGUGCUUCCCCAGCUACUUGGGACGAGUUCGUGGAUGCUUUUACCCGCCACUUUUUGCCCCAGAGUUACGGCGGGCGCGGGUUGACCGAUUUUUACAUCUGCAGCAGAGGGGUCGGAGUGUUCGUGAGUAUAAUAUGGAGUUUGAUUCUCUGGCCCGGUACGCACCUGCCAUAGUAGCAGAUAUGGCCGAUCGGAUGCACAGAUAUGUGAUGGGGUUAGACCGCUACUUGAUUGAUGGCUGUAUGGCGGUGGCAUUGCAGACAGACAUGGAUAUUGCCCGACUACAGGCUUAUGCUCUGGGUAUGGAGGACCGACAUAGAGCUGAUUAUUCCAGCAGAGAUCGGGAUAGGAGGCCGCCCAAGAGGGCCAGAUCCGCAGGCUAUUCUGGAGAUUCUCGAGGCAGACAGCCUCAGCAGCAGCAGGCAGGCAGACAUCUUCCUCAGGCAGACAGCAGCAGGCAGGCAGACAUCUUCCUCAGGCAGACAGCAGCAGGCAGGCAGACAUUAUUUUCUUUUUCCUUUUCUUUUUGUAAUUGGGGAUAAUUGCACAUUCAUUCUUUAGUAAUUGAUAAAUUUUAAUUUUAGU